UAUAACCCAGUCUCCGCGAAAAAUUGAUCAGCUCAGUCAACACUGACUCAUCGAUUCACGAACGAUGCAACCCGAAAGGACCCUAAAAUAGCAAAUUUCUGAAUGGAUCUUCUUAACAAUGGUACAGAUUCUAAAGUAAAGGUAGUAUUACUAUUUUUUGCCCAAAGCCGUGAACUUGCCGAACAAAAAUCAGCUGAAAUCUCACUUCCAGUCGAAACUUCACGAGAAGAACUCUUAGAAACAAUCACAAACCUGUACCCAAGGAUCUCACAGAUUCAAAACAACAUUGUCUUGUCAGUAAACCAACAAUACCUUGAAGAAGAGUGCACUGUUAGGUUACAAACAGGAGACGAAAUUGCUGUUAUUCCCCCCAUAAGUGGUGGAUAACACAGGAAAAAUCAUUUUGUGCCGUCAGCCAUCAGAAA